AUGUAUGUCCGUCCAUCCUCUGAAGAGAAUCAUGAAAUGGAUAAAGCUGUAUCAGUCUUUUAUUCUGUUGUCACUCCAGCUCUUAAUCCUCUUAUUUAUAGCCUAAGAAACAAAGAGGUAAAAAAUGCCUUGAUGAAGGCGCUUCAUAGAAAAAGGCCUUUCUGGGAAAAUUCAGAGGUCAUACAUUCAAUCAAAUUGAAGGCGUAUUCUUGA